CGUACUGCACUUCCCUGUUCCUGCUCCUCCCAGCUCAAAGAUGGCAGCCAUGGGACAGAGAUGAGCGACGACAUGAAUUUAGGAGUUUUGUCAUGAAACCACAUUGGGGUGUACAGCUGUUACAUGCAUGGUUUUAACAUGACAGCGAUAUAGUUUGUCACUGUCAACGUGUCGUCUUACGAAGACAAUUAAAGGAUUCAGAAUAUCAUGUUUUCCUGUGGGCUAAGCUAGCAAGCAACGGUUAGCAAAUACAUGAACUUGUCUCUUGUGCCAUACAAGAAGAAAACAGCUGCUCUGAAUACGGUCUAUUGACAUCUUGCAAGAUUUGUUUUUUGAAAGGCAGCCCGCAAAACGCCCUACACUACGCCGUACACUUAACGGAAGUGCAGACGUUCCUCUGUUAGUUGCCGAUGAAAGGAUUCACUCAGUUUCAUCAUGGCCAUCACUCAGUUCCGUCUUUUCAAGAUCUGCACAUGUCUAGCCAGCUUACUUUCUUUCUUUAAAAGGUUGAUAUGCAGGAGUGGAAGGGGCCGCAAGCUCAGUGGGGAUCAAAUAACUCUUCCGACAACAGUGGAUUUUUCAUCAUCGGUACCAAAACAGCCAGAGAUUGAAGAAUGGAGCUCUUGGGAUGAAGAUGCUCCUACAAGCAUUAAGAUCGAAGGUGGCAACGGAAACCUUUCCCCUUCACCCAACGAGAUGGACGAAGAGCCCGACUACUUCAAAGACAUGACUCCCACCAUCAGGAAAACACAGAAGAUAGUGCUGAAGAAAAGGGAGCCUUUGAACUACCUGGUGCCUGAUGGCUCAGCAGGUUUCUCCAGCAGACUGGCAGCUUCUCAGGAUAUGAUGACCUUCAAUCCGCCCUCAGCUGAACUGGGAGAAAUGGACAACUGGCAGGAGGACACCAAUGCCUGGGAGGACGAGUCUGAUGCUGCCUGGGAGGCAGAGGAGGUGCUCAGACAAACGAAGAUGGCUGAGCGAGAAAAGCGGUCCAUGGAGCAGCAAAGGAAGAAGAUGGAGAAAGAUGCUCAGAGGAUGAUGAAGAAGGAGCAGAAGAUUGCCGUCAAGCUCUCGUAACAUUUUAGAAAUGCUCAAUUUUGAGCCAAAGGGAUGAGAGGGGGCAACGACACAGAAUCGAUCGUCACCCUGUCUUUAAAGUCAUCAAACCGACCAGGAUUACCACCCUACACAACUUAUCUGUUAGCAAAACUGUCCUCCUCCUCCACCCUGUUUCCACCAGCAGCCAUUUUAGUCCGUUUUCAAGCUGCAGCAGUGUAAAGUGCAUCAUUCUUGAGGGGAGAUAACACGUGGUGUACACCCGGUUCAUGUGGCAAAAGUCAUUUUGGUCUUCAAGAGAGAGCUGUAUUUAUGUGAUCCAGUUCAUCGUAGGUAAAUGGUUAGUUACAGCAUCAGAGGGUUCCAUUUAGACUCUGAUUAAAUCUGUCAGGUAGCAUAGAAAAAUGUUCAUUUUGGGGGUUUUUCAGGAACGUGUAAAUAAACAGAUACUUGUACUACCUUUUGAAACUCAAAUAGGAAGUACAAUUCCCUUUGUUUGUCUUAUUUAUAACCUCAAAGGAAAAAGGGGUGUAAUUAAUUUUAAGCAUCACUGUAUAACAGUGACAUCCCUUGGUUUGCUUGAUUAUUGUCUCUUUAUAAUUAUGUUUCUCGUUGUUUUUUUCUAAUGAAUGUUGCUUGAUAUUUCACAUUAUCUCCCUGUGCUGUGCAGCCCUUAGUACACUGGAAAUCUGGGUUUAAAUGAAGGCUGAAGAUUUUCAAUAAGAGUAUGGAUAAAUGACCAUAGAAUCUAGCCCAACUAUAAAUGUUAGCUGUGGGUUCCUAUGGUAAUCUCAUGGCUACUGAUCUGCCAUUCAUGCUUCUCCUUUAUCAGUUUUUGAUAUUGAAAGAAAGAGAAAAUCCAGUGAUCACUGCUUUGAUUUUUUUCUUUUCUUUUCCAGGGGCUGGGAGUGUUACUUUGCUCUUCAAUAGUUGACACGCUUACUGCUCAGACGCUGUUUUUCUAAAACAUGGAUCUCCAUCACAGUAUAAUCUCAGACUGGUUAUCUUGGCCUAUACGAAGAUGAAAAAAUAAAUUCUUGCUUACUUUCUCAUCUGAAAAUGUAAGGCAUAAGUUAAAGGUUUUGACUGAGCAUCCUGUUCUGCAUCAUUAUAAUGAAAUUACCAUUCAGUGUUGGGGAAAAAUCCGUACCAGUGGCAAUAGGCAAGCUGUUGUCAUGGAAACAUUGGAAAGUGAAAAAAAAAAAGGCCUAAUACAUGACUUGGGUGGAGGUGAGGGGGGCACGUUUCUAUACUAAAUGCUGCAAUUGGAAAAGCUUUGCAAGCUAUUUGAUGCUUCCAAAGAAAUACUGGGUUGAUGUCUGAUGUAUUGAUCCUUUAGAGGCCCUGAUUCUGCUGAAACUUAAAUGAUAAAAUGACUGAUUAUUAGUGCACGGUCAGGUUUAAGACAUGAAUUGAAGGGAAUUCAUCGGUAUGGAUUUGUGUUUUCUUUGGAAUUUUAUUUUUUUCAUUAAGAAAAGCUGCAUGUUCAGUUUUGUCAUUUUGCACAUUUGAGUUCUUCCAAAAAUGAAUGGCGGAGUACCCCUUGUUUCUCACUCAUUUAUCUCCUUCAUGUGUAAGACUUCCUGUUAUAAGAAAUGUCAUGGAUGAGCACAACUGAGGACCACAAGCUCAAUCAAUCCAGAAGGUUUGGCAGACUGUAUCUCUGCUGUAUCAGUUCUACACAGGUUUUUAAUAAAAUUAUUUGAUUCAUACCUCUAAA